AUGAUUAACGGAAAAACCACAAGUGGAGGGCGCAAUACAUUGAACUGUUCUUUGGUGCGUCUGGGAUGCCAUCACACCGGGUGGGUGUCGGAGUUGACAUGUCUCUGGGACAACUGGAGCAUUCAACUUUUUGUGCUACUCGGCUUGAUUUUCCAGAUAGUUCUUGCUGUAUUAGGAAGCCGCAGGAAAACCUCAAGUGGUGAGACAAUCAGAUUUGCUAAUUGGGCAUCAUAUUUGCUCACCUCUUAUUUCGCAACACUUGCGCUCAGCAAGCUCACGACAGUCAGACUCAACAAGUCCGAGGAAGAGGGCGAUACUGAACUAAAAGCAUUGUUGGCGCCUUUGAUUCUACUGCUGCUGGGGAAUCCAGAUAGCAUUACCGCAUAUUCAGUGGAAGACAACCGGCCCAGCGUGAGGCGUGUGUUGAACCUCAUCAUCACAUUUUCUUUCGUGGUCUGGAUCCUCGGGCGAAAUUGGAAGACCUCCAUCCCAAUGAUACUACACUUUCCGCUGUUUGUUGCUGGGAUAAUCAAGUACGGAGAAACAAUUUGGGCGCACUAUUCUGUGUACGACGAGAACACGAGCAUGAGAGAAGAGGAUUUCAAGGAAGAAAAGGAGACGUAUUCUGCAUUGACAGACUUCCACCAAGACGUUCCCAGUCUAGAGAUUUUCUCGAAGGCUUACUACCGGUUUGAUUGUUUAAAGCCUCACCUUGUGGACUGGCUGAAGCACCCCCUCUUCAUGGAGAAUCGUAAUAAGUUGAUUGACGGAUACAAUGAUGAAGAUGUAUUCUUGACAACUGAAAUGGAACUCGGGUUCAUGUAUGAUGUCCUCUACACUAAAGCACCAGUUCUUUAUACCAAGACCGGGAUCGCGCUCCGCGUCAUCGGUUAUUUUAGUUUGCUUGUGACCUUAGGCGGAUUCCUGGAGCUUUUCUUUGAUAAAAAAUGGAGAGGUCCGUACGUUAUAUACACGUUUGGCCUGGUGAUUGGAGUUGUGCUUCUGGAAACUUAUCAGUUGUUAAGGCUAUUCUAUUCGGAUUGGUUUCUGAAAUUACUGGUCAAACGAUCACUAAAGAAGAAAAGAUGGUCUUACACAAUUCAGCAAUUUGAAUUUCUGAAUUUCUGCUUAUCCAAGAAACAGCCCUGGCCCUUCAAAAUUGGAAUCCUCAGACUCUCCGGCAUCACUGAGAAGUUCAAGAAAUAUUUGGCACCAAGUCCCAUGCGAAUUCCCCUGUAUUUGAAGGAAUUAUUGCUUGAAGACAUGAAAAAGUUUGAAACAAAGAGAGGCCAUCGACCCUUCACGAAAAGAGGCGAAUGGACGCUUAGCAUUCAUGGUCAUCGCAAUCACGAGUCUCUGGAUAAGCUCAAAUGGAGUAUCGAGAUGACAUUUGAUAGAAGCAUCAUCAUAUGGCACAUCGCAACCCAUAUCUGCGAUUACUCGUGCUAUGAAGAUUCAAACCAUAACAGGGCAAGCAAACUGAUAUCAGAUUACAUGAUGUUCCUUCUGGUACGACAUCCUCACAUACUCUCUGUGACCACAGCCAAGAUCACUUGGGAUAACGCCUACAUGAAGUUCAAGAAGUUCUUGGACAAAAUCACAACAGAGCCGCAUGACAGAGAGAACAUCCUGAAUAUUCUAUCAGGCCCAGAGUACGUGCAAGAAAGUUACUCAGAGGUUUUCCUCGAACCAGUAAUCACCAGAGGGUGGGAUGUUGUUGCGGAAGCGCAAAGACUCGCGACAGAGCUAAAAAGUACUAAAGACACAUGGGAGCUCAUCAGCAGCGUUUGGGUUGAGAUGCUAUGUUUCGCGGCGUACAAUUGCCAGCAAUACCACCACGCAAAGCUGCUAAGAAGAGGCGGAGAAAUCAUCACUCACGUGUGGCUCCUGCUUUGUCACAAGACGGACAAGUUCAACACCGGGAAGUAUACGGAUGGCAACAGAGAGGUCGAAUAG